ACUACACUUAUAAGUGUCAGUACAUAGUGUGCUACUCUAGUGAGUAGUACUGAUACUAGAACGUUAAUUCCUAGUAUAGUACUUGGUGUUUAGCGGUAAAAUGCAUUUAGAAAGAUAGGAAGGCAAAUUAAGAUUAUAUUUACAAUGCCAGGACGUGACUUUUUCAUUGUCAUGCUUCUUCUUUGGACAUUUGUUGGCAGGGGGGUUGAUGGUGAGAGAGUAACAGGAGUGUUACACGGGCGAGUGGAGCUUCGAGGACGCUAUGGAUACGGUCCAGAUCUGGACACAGUGGAAUGGGUUAAAUAUCCAGAUAAAAAUUCAACAAGGAAAUUGUUAUAUCUGUUUAAUAAGUCAAACAAUACUACAUGGCUAGCGGUCCCCCAAAAUAUAAAUUUUAAUUUACAGAAUAUGAGUCUUAUUUUGUUUAAUUUGACAACAGAAGAUGAAGGCAUUUAUGAGGAGAAAACCACAUUUAAAAAUAAGACCGUUAAACAUUUUAAUGUGACGUUAUCUUUGCUGUUUGCAUCAAACAUCACUGUGUCUCCUUCUCCUGGCUCUCUGACCCUGAAGUGUGAGAUCAAUGGGGAGUUUAAGCUGCUGCGAUGGUUCAGAAAUGGCCUUCCACUGCUAGAUGACCAGAGAUUCUCCCUCACUGACAACAACAAGACCAUGCAGGUGUCCAACCUGACCAGUUCAGACUGUGGCACAUAUACCUGUCAAGUUUCAAAUGAAAACGGAAAAUCAGAGGCGCAAAUCGACAUCAGCGGUACAAUGAGUAGCUUUUGUCAGAACAGCACAUUUCUUGCUCUUAUUGAACCCGUACUGUUCCGUGCUGGAUUCUCACUCCUCGGUCUGCUGGUUUUGUGCAUCAUUUUAAUUUUAAUCUGCAAAUAUUAUGGUACAGUUCCUGACUUUUGUGAAGAUUCUCACUCAUCAGUCUCUGUCACGUAUCAAGAAACUCUGGACUCCACUUCCCAUCAGCCACUGCACUGCACUACAUGUCACAUGACCACCUGCACCUGAUUCACGUUUUGGUUAAUGAGUACUCAUGGGAAGAAGUUGCUACUCCGACUGUGGACCCUUUGUAAAUUGUCUAUCAAGACUUCAUAAAGCCAAAAAAUUCCUAUCAGUCUGAAGACUUCCGCUACUCACCUCCUCAGAUGUUCCAGAAAACAUGCAGCCCUCAGAAACCACAUGAGUGCCAAAGCUACAGGUGUAAAACAUGACCAAAUAGUAGACUGAUGCAUGUGUUGCUUUGUACUGUGUAUAGAGUUGAGCUCAGUUCUAUCUAACCCCGGCAUGUUCCUGUAUGCGUUUUAUUUGCAGUGUAUAGUGAUUAAUACAUGUUUGAUAUGUAGUCUGUGAAUUUGCUGAUGCUCAUAAUUACAAACUGCCAUUCAGCAGCCCCUGUUUGCACUCAACUUAAUGAAUACAUGUUCAAAUUUCUGGCAUUAAAUAAAAAGAAGUCUCCAAGAACUCCACAAUUUCAUCACAGGAUCUGCUAGUAAGUCUUGCAACUGUUGGUGUCAAAGUGCAUGCUUCUACAAUCAGAAAUAGAUUGCACAAAUGUGACCUGGGAGGCGUGCUAGGAAAAAUGGAUGGUACAUGCAAGAAAACCCUCAAACAUCUUGCAACUGAAACAAUAUUGCAUGGAAGAGUGAUCAAAAACUCCAGCAAGCGAUGUCAGAGACUGGUGGACAAUUAUGCAAAAUGCCUACAAGAGGUUAUUUCUGCUUAAGGGUGCAAUACUAGCUUCUGAGGCCAAGGGUGCACUUACUUUUUCCACAGAAGUAUAUCACAUCUAUUGAUAUUUUUCUAAAUCUAAUUUUCCUUGUGGAUUUGUUCAAGUGUAAAAAUGUUUUACGCACACCCACACACACACACACACACACACACACACACACACACACACACACACACACACACACACACAAUCUAAAACAAUUAGAAUAUCGUGGAAAAGUUUUUUUUAUAAUUUACUUCAAAAAGUGGAACUUUUAUAUAUUCUAGAUUCAUUACACAUAAAGUGACAU